AUGUUAGAUGAAAUUCAUAGACAAGAACGUGAAGAGAUGGAAAAGAAACUUCAAGCAAAAGAUGAAGUCAUUGAAGCAAAAGACAAAAACAUACAGAAAAGAAUACCACGUUCGGUACCAAAAGGAAAGGAAAAGAACUAUAAGUAUAUGAUUUAUACUGAAGAGAUGGAAAAUGAAGAAGAUAAAGAUAUGGUUAUGUUGCAUUUAGUCAGAAGAAACAACAAAAGCUUUUACGACCUUGCUAAGAUUUACAAAUCUGACAGAAAUUGGUUCUAUCGCGAAAACUUACCGAUUUCAAUGACCCCAAAUGAAGAUGUGAAACAAAUAGUUCAAGAUACGUUACCUCAAACACACUAUGAUAUGAAAGGUUGUACAAUUCUUACCUUCAAAGAAGAUUUGCCAUUGUUAAAGGAAAAAAUAACAGAGUAUUUUGACAACUUCAAACAAGUAGGGUAG